AUGCAUCUCUCGGUGAUACAGAUACACAGCAGAGAGAAUGGGCUGUUAUAUUGCCCCAAGACAGUUCUAGUCAUUAAUGCAUGCGAACUUCUCGCCUUGACCUUCACCACCUUCAAACGCCAUCAUGGUCUUUGCUUCUGGAGUCUUCUAUUGACCCCAUUGGGCGUGUUUCCGUAUGCACUGGGAUGGCUGCUUGGAUACCUUGACAUCCUGGGCACCGACGCGAGUAAGGCCAUCGCAUCGCUGGGCUGGAUCGUACUCGUCAGUGGCCAGUCCGUGGUACUGUAUUCAUGGCUGCACUUGGUAUUGAACAACUUGAGAAUACGGCGCGCUGUGCUAUGGAUGAUUGUGAUCAACAGCACGAUAUGGCACACGACACAGACAGCACUGCUAUUCACUAUUGGACCAAGCGUUGAUGGCAGCAAUCCCACGCCCAUAUUCGUCGCCAUCGAGAAAACUCAAGUGACUUUCUUUUGCGCACAAGAGUUUGUCAUCUCGGACCUGUACCUUUGGGGUACCAUCGAUAUCCUACAGACAUCACUAGGUAGUAAGCAAAAGACGAUGUGGUAUCUCCUGAUCAUCAACCUCCUCAUCGUAGCCAUGGACAUAUCUCUUCUCAUCAUCAUGUACAAGAACCACUAUACGAUCGAACAAGGAGUCAAGCUUGUCAUAUACUCCAUCAAACUCAAGCUUGAGUUCGCUGUCCUUGGAAAACUAGUCGAUGUCGCGCAGAGCCGCGGAGGAUCGAGUGUUUCCGAAACACCUCCAGCUCGCUUCAUCGAGAUGCACCCUCGGGAACAUGGAAGAAGCGACAACCUCCCUGAAAUAGUACACCUUGAGAACACGGCUGCACGGAGGAUGGCCGAUGAUGAGGAGAGCAUGUGCCAUCUUUAUGACGAUGCGAUCAAGCAGGUAUACAAAGGCUGA